AUGUCUUGCUACAGAGCCUGCGUGCCUUCUGCCUGCGGAGCAGCCCCCCUUGCAAGCAGCUGCAAUGAGCCCUGUGUCCUGCGCUGUGCUGACUCCACCACCGUGAUCGAACCCUCCCCGGUGGUGGUGACCCUGCCGGGCCCCAUCCUCACCUCUUUCCCUCAGAGCACAGCCGUGGGCUCCUCUCUCUCAGCUGCUGUGGGGAGCACCCUCAGCGCUGGGGGGGUUCCCCUCUCUUCCGGGGGCUCCUUUGGCUGUGGCGGGUUCGCAGGCCUGGGGAGCGGGCUCUGUGGGCCCCUGCGUUCCUGCAACCUCUGCUUGUAG